AUGGGGGUGGGCAGCGGCGGCGGAGGACUUCUGUGGCUGGUGCUCGCCUCCGGGGUAUUCUGGAGCCCGACCUCUUGUCAGGCGCCGCCUCAGGGCUUUCGGUUCGUCUCCUACGAAGUGAUCAUCCCAAGGAGGAUGGCCCCCCGGCGCGGGCGGGAACCCCAAGACCUCACUUACCUCCUGGAGGUGGAGGGGAAGGGCCACGUGGUGCACCUCAGGCAGAAGAGGGGCUUUGUCCCUAAACACUUCCCCGUCUUCACCUACAGCAAGGAGGGGGACCUCCAGGUGGACUAUCCUUUCAUCAGGGAUGACUGUUUCUACCAUGGCUUUGUACAAGGCAAGCCCUCCUCUCUGGUUGCCCUCAGCACAUGCUCAGGGGGCCUCAGGGGCCUCCUGCAAGUAGAAAGUAAGACUUACGAAAUUGAACCUGUUGAGGCAUCUACUGGACAACAUGUGGUGUAUCGUUUGGAAAAGAAGGAGGAUGCCGUCCACAUGAGGUGUGGGCUAACAGAAGAAGAGCGAAGUCGUCAAGAGGCCAUGAUCCAGAACACUGAAUAUGUAGUGGGCAAAAGUGUUUCAGGAAGGCUUUGGCAGACACACACAAGGUACCUGAAGAUUGCAGUUGUGGUGGAACAUGAACGGUAUGUUCAUUUUGGCAGAAAUGAAACACUUGCUGCUAGACAAGUACUGGAUGCUGUCCAUAUUGCAGAUUCACUUUAUAAGCCUCUUGGAAUUCAUGUGGUUGUAGUUGGACUGGAGAUUUGGUCACAAAGAAACCUCAUAACAGUGACAAAAACUAUAGAUGAACUACUUGACAUUUUCAAUUCAUGGAGGAAAAUGAUACUCAUCCAGCGUCUAAGGCAUGACGUUGGCCACUUAUUUGUAUAUAAGCAUUUUGGAGUCAAGCUUGGAUUAUCAUUUGUAGGAACAGUGUGUGAUCCUCUCUGGGCAUCUGCUGUUGAGGCAUUUAUUACUUCUAGUUUGUUCUCCUUCACUAUAACUUUUGCUCAUCAGUUGGGCCAUAACCUUGGAAUGCUACAUGAUGAGAAGAACUGCACUUGUGAUCAGCAUUCUUGCAUUAUGGCUCCAUUGCAGGGCAACACAAGCAAGUUCAGCAACUGCAGUUAUGAGAGUUAUUUUAACCUAACAAAUAGUGAUAGAAAACAUUGUCUAUUAAUUCCACCAGAACAUGAGAAACUCUAUGAACUCAAAAAUUGUGGCAACCAGGUGGUAGAGAGUGGAGAACAAUGUGACUGUGGAUCAAAAUUUCAUUGUGAAUCAGACGUGUGUUGCCAGUCUAAUUGUAUGUUGCGAACAGGAGCCACUUGUGCGUUUGGAACAUGUUGUGCCAAAUGCCAGUUUAUUUCCGCUGGAACAGUUUGUAGAGAAAGGACUAACGUCUGUGAUCUUCCUGAAUACUGCACUGGGGUUUCAGAGUGGUGUCCUGAAGAUGUUUAUGUACAAGAUGGAGCUCCAUGCCAUGAUGGUGCCUAUUGUUAUUAUGGGAAAUGCUCCACUCACAGUGAACAGUGCCAAAUUAUCUUCGGCAAGCAAGCAAUGGUUGCCCCACUAGGUUGCUUCAAAGAAAUAAAUAAGCGAGGUGACCGUUUUGGUAAUUGUGGCAUUAUUCCUGGUAAUGUUUAUAAAAAAUGUGAAAAUGGUAAUGUCUUGUGUGGCAGAGUUCAAUGCAUAAACAUUGAUGAAUUACCUAAUUUGAAUGAUCAUAGCACCAUAAUGCAAACUUCUCUUAGCAACAGCUUGUGCUGGGGUACAAACUACCCAAGUGGAAUGGACAUAGCUGAUAUUGGAGCAGUAAGGGAUGGCACAAAAUGUGGCAAUGGCAUGAUAUGUAUUAACAGGGAUUGUAUCAAGGUGUCUCUUCUGAACUAUGAUUGUAAUCAAACAAAGUGCCAUAACAGAGGAAUAUGCAAUUCUCUUAAAAAUUGUCAUUGUAAUUAUGGUUGGGCUCCUCCAUAUUGCCUAAGUAAAGGCUAUGGUGGCAGCAUUGACAGCGGACCCACUUCACCCAACAGUGGCAAUGUACGAAUGACUGUAGGCAUUGUAAUAGUUCUUUCUGCUGCUGCUGUUCUUAGAGCUGUGGUUGGCACUGUAUGAGGAACUUCGCUGAUGGAAUUGUUGAAAUUGCUAUAUUUUACUCACUGACAUGUCAGAUGACAAACUCCAGUGAGCUCUCUUAUGAGGUCAAGCCCUAAACUUGCCAUUGAGAACUUUUAGGAGAAGAUGAGCUUCUAAAGUAUGUUCAGUCGAUGUGCUAUAAUGCAAAGGAUGCAUUUUGUUUCUUGUAAAAUAAAUUUGGCCUUUAAGAUUUUUUUUUUAAAAGCCCCCAAAUUUCUGCAAUUAAUUUUCUAGGCUUAUAUGCUCAUGUAAAUACUUGGGACACCUAGAUAGUAUUGUCUGAGGAUGCAUUCACACAGGCCCUGCCAUUACAAUUACUGUGGAGUUUCAAAGAGACAUAACAUUCUGCAGUGGAUUGGCCUGAC